AUGUCUAAGGAAACCGGUGAAAUUGAUGAGAGUUUAUACUCUCGUCAAUUAUAUGUCCUCGGUAAAGAGGCAAUGCUUAAGAUGCAGUUGUCUAACGUGCUGAUUGUCGGUUUACGUGGUCUGGGUGUUGAAAUUGCCAAGAACGUUGCCUUGGCUGGUGUUAAAUCAUUAACUUUGUUUGACCCUGAAAAGGCAGUUCUGCAGGAUCUUUCAACACAGUUCUUCCUAAGCGAAAGUGACAUUGGUAGACGUAGGGACGAAGUCACCCGCGGUAAGUUAGCAGAGUUGAAUUCAUAUGUUCCUGUUAAGACACUCGAAUCUCUUAACGACGAUGAUUUGAAGCAAUUCCAAGUCGUUGUGGCCACAGAAACUGUUUCUUUGGAAGAUAAAAUUAAAAUGAACAACAUAUGUCAUAACUCUGGAGUGAAAUUUAUUGCUACAGAAACUAGAGGUCUGUUCGGACAAGCAUUCGUUGACCUAGGUGAUGAAUUUUCGGUCAUUGAUCAAACUGGUGAAGAACCACGGACAGGUAUUGUAUCUGAUAUAGAGCCAGAUGGAACAGUUACCAUGUUGGAUGAUAGCAGACACGGUUUGGAAGAUGGCAACUACGUCAAAUUCUCUGAAGUACAAGGUCUAGAGAAGUUAAAUGAUGGUACUUUAUAUAAGGUAGAAGUACUAGGCCCAUUUGCAUUCCGUAUUGGAUCGGUUAAAGAUUUAGGUGAAUACAAGAAAGGAGGUAUCUUCACAGAAGUUAAGGUGCCUAAGACUUUGUCAUUUAAGACUUUACAAGAAUCCUUAUCUGAACCAGAAUAUGUGUUCUCUGAUUUCGCCAAGUUUGAUAGAGUAGGUCAAUUACAUCUAGGUUUCCAAGCUCUACAUCAAUUUGCAUUGAAGCACCAAGGUGAGCUACCAAGAACUCUGAAUGAUGAAGAUGCUAAUGAAGUUUUGAAGCUGGUAACUGAUCUAGCUGCUCAAAAUCCAAAUGUUCUAGGCUCCGAAGAUGCCGAGAUCAAUGAGAAGCUUAUCAGGGAGUUAUCUUAUCAAGCCAGAGGUGAUAUCCCUGGUGUUGUGGCCUUUUUUGGUGGUUUGGUUGCACAAGAAGUUUUGAAAGCUUGCUCCGGAAAAUUCACACCGUUGAAGCAGUACAUGUACUUUGACUCAUUAGAGUCAUUGCCGGAUCCAAAACAAUAUCCUAGAACUGCGGAAAACACAGCACCAAUUAAUACUCGUUAUGACAAUCAAAUCGCUGUUUUCGGUAUUGACUUCCAACGGAAGCUUGCUAAUUCUAAAGUAUUCUUAGUUGGUUCUGGUGCCAUCGGUUGUGAAAUGCUGAAAAACUGGGCGUUGAUGGGUCUUGGUUCGGGCCCAGACGGUAGAAUUAUUGUAACAGAUAAUGACUCAAUUGAAAAGUCGAAUUUAAACCGUCAAUUUUUGUUUAGACCAAAAGAUGUUGGUCAUGAUAAAUCAGAUGUUGCCGCAAGAGCUGUAUCUUCGAUGAAUCCGGAUUUAGAGGGGAAAAUUACACCUAUGACUGACAAGGUUGGUCCAGAUACUGAGAAUAUAUUUGACGAUGCUUUCUGGGAAGGAUUAGAUUUUGUUACAAAUGCAUUGGAUAAUAUCGAUGCACGUACUUACGUUGACCGUAGAUGUGUUUUCUAUAGAAAGCCUUUGCUGGAAUCUGGUACUUUGGGAACAAAGGGUAAUACGCAAGUUAUUAUUCCAAGAUUGAGUGAAUCUUAUUCGUCAUCAAGAGAUCCACCAGAAAAGUCCAUCCCAUUGUGUACUUUGCGUUCAUUCCCAAAUAAAAUCGAUCAUACCAUUGCUUGGGCAAAAUCCUUGUUUCAAGGCUACUUUGCCGAUGCUGCUGAGAAUGUUAACUUAUACUUAAAUCAGCAGGAUUAUGUUCAACAAUUGAUGAAGCAAAGUGGAGACGUCAAAGGUACACUUGAAUCGAUUGCAGAGUCUCUGAACAACAAGCCCAACAAUUUCGAUGAUUGUAUUGCUUGGGCUAGGCUAGAAUUUGAAAAGAAAUUUAACCAUGACAUCAAGCAAUUAUUGUACAAUUUCCCAGCUGACGCAAAGACAUCUACCGGUGAACCUUUCUGGUCAGGAUCCAAGCGUGCCCCAACUCCAUUGGUGUUCGAUGUUAACGAGCCAGAUCACUUUCAUUUCAUUGUCGGUGCAGCUAACUUAAGAGCAUUUAAUUAUGGUAUUAAGGGUGAUGAUGGGGAGCCUGAUGUUAAUUAUUAUAACUCUGUACUAACUCAUGUUGAUGUCCCUGAAUUCUCUCCCAACAAGAACUUGCAAAUUCAAGUUAAUGAUGAAGAUCCAGAUCCAAAUGCUGGUAGUCAGAAUGAUAACUUGGAUCAAUUAGCUGCUUCAUUGCCUGAUCCAAAGACUCUAAACGGUUUCCAAUUGGCACCUGUCGAGUUUGAAAAAGAUGACGAUACAAAUCAUCAUAUUGAAUUUAUCGCAGCUUGUUCAAAUUGUAGGGCACUCAAUUAUUCCAUUGAAGUUGCAGAUCGCCAGAAGACGAAAUUUAUUGCUGGUAGAAUUAUCCCAGCAAUUGCCACAACAACUGGUUUGGUAACGGGUUUGGUAAACCUGGAACUAUAUAAGGUUGUAGAUGGAAAGGAUGACAUUGAGGUGUAUAGAAAUGGUUUCGUUAACCUUGCCCUACCGUUCUUUGGUUUUUCUGAGCCUAUUUCUUCUCCAAAAGGUAAGUACAACGACAAAACAUAUGAUAAAAUUUGGGAUAGAUUUGAUAUUAAUGGUGAUAUUAAGCUUUCCGACUUAAUUGAUCACUUUGAGAAGGUUGAAGGUUUGGAAAUUACCAUGUUGUCAUAUGGUGUUUCAUUAUUAUAUGCCUCUUUCUUCCCUCCUAAGAAAUUGAAGGAAAGAUUAAAUCUGCCAAUUACUGAACUAGUCAAGCUGGUUACUAAGAAGGAUUUGUCUUCUCAUUUAAAGACUAUGAUUCUAGAGAUUUGUGCUGACGAUAAAGAGGGUGAAGAUGUCGAAGUGCCAUAUGUAACUAUUCAUUUAUAA